AUGCCAGGCCUCCACAUGUCUGCCUAUGCUCCGCCAGGCUCCAUGGCUUGGUCAGGCUCUCAUCAUCCAGUCGCCAUGCCGACACAAUCGACUCUGGCCCCAACGCUCAAGUUCUUCAUCGAACGAAACGACGGUUCUCUUGUUCCUCUGGUGCCUGUCGACGAACUCCCGGAUGAUGUUCGCUUGGUCGGCGUUCCUUUGAGUUUGAGUACUUUCCAAGCACAGGAUAUGCUGUUUCUUGGACAUGAUUCGUCUGUUGGCAGAAAGUUUUCGCAUGCUGGAGCUAUUGGCAUCAGGGAAACAGUGGCCCCUUCCCUAGUUGCGAUGAGGUCUGCACCUCGGCCGGAUGUGGCUCCUCACAGUUAUCACGCAACUCAGCACAUGCACACGCAGCCUCUUUCCGCACCCGCCUCUACCUUCGGCUCGACGCCCAAACCACUUAGCUUGUCUAAGUCGAAACCUCCUUACAACGAGCACCCCCUUCCGCCUUCCGGAGUAGAGCCUGAUCCGAGCAAGAAGAUCUACUGCACUUACUGGAUCCAGAAUCAAGGCCAAUGUGGCUUUACGCAGCAAGGUUGCAUGUACAAACAUGAGAUACCCGAGGAUAAGGAAACUCUCGAGUCGAUUGGUUUGAAGUCGGUGCCUGCUUGGUGGCGCAAAGAGCAAGCACGCAAGAAGUCGAGGGCUAAACGCUCCGAACGCAACAGCUCGAUUUCAGAGUGGGAAGUUGUCGAGAGUCACCAUACAGGGAACUCUGCUGUUCAGAGCGACGACCCUGUCCGCGUUCGCAUUCCACCAUCGCGUCCUGCCGGGACUCCCACCACCAAGCAGGCUGUACAGCAGUUCCGUUCAGGCUCGACUGCACAGAACGGCGCUACCACAUCUGAUGUUGCAUCUGAUACCGCUACUGCUGGCAGCUCAGCUCCAGGAUCAUCUCCUCCUGGGGGUGUCAAAUUGGGUGCAGCCAAGACUCCUGUGCGCGGCCCUACAUCUCUGCCUCUCAGAAAGCAGACUCUCAAUUCACCCAUUGCAGCCGAAGCUGAAGAAAACCUUAUCGAUUUUGAAGUUCUUCUACCAUCGUCAUCACCAGAUAUCUCUUCACUCCCUCAGGCGAGUCCUGAAACGCUUGCCGACCUUCGCUCUAAGGCGAACGUUGCUCCCAGUCGCUCAAAGAUCAUCAUCAAGGGCAGUGCAUCCAUCUCUCCAGGCAGAGGUAUCCGCUCGAGCAACAAGGCCUACAACCGACGCGGAUCUGCAGGAAACAAGACCAUAUCACCUCUUGGCCAGCGCAACACGACCAAGGGUAAGGUCGAGACGGGCAGAGACAAGAGCGACCAUGGCAAUAGCUUUUCGAGAAGAGGCAGAGCCAAGACGAAUGUAGUCGCAGAGGUCGCAGCCAAGGCUACAAGCGACUCGCAGUAG